AUGGCUGCCACUGACUCGAAGCCCGCCUUGUCGGCCCUCAAGACGCCUGUGUCUGCUACCUAUCCAUCUGAACUGCGGUCUCCAAUGGUAUUCUCUGCGACCACUCCUACUUUUGCAAACCUCAAGAAGGAAGACGCCAUCAAGACACCCAUUACCCCGCCGACAGCCUACCUGGACUUUCUGAAGACGCUGUCGCCUGUCCUCAUGAGCCCAAUGUCCACUGGCACCAGCGAGAAAUUUGUCUUCCAGGGCAACAGACCAACCUCCAUGGCUUCAGUAACCUCAUCAGCCUCGAGUGGCUCAUUCACAAUGACGUCCGGUCCUGCAGACAAGUCUUCUGUAACUUCGACGCCAGCGACCUCAAGAGCAAGCAGCUGUAGCAACUGCGACCACAUCAAACAAGAGCCAAAGGAGCAAAAAAUGGAGCCUCCCAUGACUGCGCCGCUUCCCAAGGAGCAACCAAAAGAGCAGACAGUCACCAUUCCUCCCCCGUCACCUUUCAGGCGGCCUUCUUCGGCGCGCACUCCUCGCCUCUACAUUCCACAGUCACCCUAUCAUUCUCCCGCAAAUGCUCGUUCACCCGCCAGCGCGAACUCUGCAAACUCCGCGAACUCUCCGUACUCGGCAGUUUCACCACGGACAUGGGAGGUCGAAAAAAAGACCGGCCGUACACGGCGCGUCAGCGUACGGGAAGUCGUCACUCGCACAGUGACCUACAGCAGUACGCCAGUGGAGACCAAAGCACCCAGCUUCCCUCAAAUCGACCCCGCACCGCGCGGCAAGAGAAGAAAGCUCGAGUAA